GGCCAAUCAUCUUACCAACUUUUCAUUUACUCAGCAAAAAAAUUCCGAAGCUCGACGAUUUCAACCCGCCUCAAUCCUCCGAAUUACAACGUCAAAAACCACACAGUUGUACCAAAUAUUAAUCUAUAUACCUUGGAUUAAGUGUAGAAAAACGUUGGCUACCUCCUGAAGUUCUCUACUUGUCCGGGAUCAAUUGAACUUUAAUAUUCAGAUAUUACCCUUUUGGGAAAUGUCCCAAGCAAUUGGGUGACGCAAUUGGUUGAAGCGCUAUUCUCACUCUAAUCAUGAAGCUCCAUCGACUCCCGUUAUGGCAACUCGAACGACACUUUAAACCACACUCGACCCUAUCUUCUCCGCAAUUGACACGCUUAUGUUCAACCAAUCCCGCUUCUUCGACAUUCUCGAAGCAUUCAUCGAAGUUAAAGUGCAUAAAUCUAGAAUGUAACUCUAGAUCUACAGCGGCCAGAAGGGCCUAUUCGACGACUAUUUCCGCUAAAGAUAUUCUCUUCGGCCAACCAGUCUACGAGACACAUCCGCACGUUCUUAAAUCAGGUGAACUGACACCUGGUAUCACCGCUCAAGAAUACCAUGAGCGCCGCGCAAGUUUAAUAAACAGCCUACCUCCCAACUCUGCCGUCAUUCUCCCUUCCGCGACUCUUCAUUACCGCUCAGGCGCCGUCUUCCACCCCUUCCGCCAAGAAUCCAACUUCCUCUACCUUACCGGCUUCUCCGAACCCGAAUCGCUCGCCGUGCUCACAAAAACCGACGGGGUAGAUGACUACCUCUUCCACUUAUACUGCAGACCAAAAGACCCGAAAGCGGAACAAUGGACCGGACCUUGGAGCGGCGUGGAUGCUGCGAGGGACGUAUGGAAUGCAGACCUAGCAGGGGAUAUCGGACGGGUUGAAAAUCUACUAGCCGAUGCUCUCAAAGGGGUGAAGCAGAUCUACACGGAUGCUGAGCUGACUAACAACGGCGUGUUCACAAAGUUUGGCAACCUCUUGAGCUCGGCGGCCCCGAAAGUGAAAACGGCGCCGCUAAAACCCUACGUCAACGCUCUCCGAGCUGUCAAGUCUCCCGCCGAGAUAGCUAACAUGCGACGCGCCGGACGAGACUCCGGACGAGCAUUAACAGAAGCCAUGCGACGGCCGUGGAAAUACGAGAAGGAGCUCGCCGCGUUCCUAGAAUAUCAGUACCAGAUGUCUGGCCUAGACGGACAAGCGUAUAUCCCCGUAGUGGCUGGGGGGAAGAAAGCGACAUUGAUCCAUUACGUCCUCAACAAUGGCAUUUUGAACGACUCGGAAUUUGUCCUUGUAGACGCGGGCGGUGAAUACGGCACUUACAUUGCAGAUAUAACGCGCACGUGGCCUAUAUCGGGCAAAUUCAGCCCGGCGCAGAAAGACCUAUACAAUGCCGUGCUACGCGCGCAGCGGUCGUCUGUAUCGCUUUGCCGCGCCAGCGCCAACGUCACCCUCGACAAGCUGCACCAUAUCACGGAGAACGCGCUCCGCGACCAAUUGCAGCAGCUCGGCUUCGAUGUGAGCGGCGACCGCAUGGGUAUCCUGUUCCCACACCACGUUGGGCAUUAUAUCGGGCUCGACGUACACGACGUGCCGGGGUAUCCGCGUAAUGUGGCCCUGAAAGAUGGGCACUGCAUUACGAUCGAACCUGGGGUUUACGUGCCCGACGAUGAAAGGUGGCCGAAAGCCUUCCGAGGAUUGGGGAUUCGCAUCGAGGAUAGCGUUUGCGUGGGGGAUGAUAGCCCCCUGAUCUUGACUACGGAGGCGGUUAAAGAGGUUGACGAUAUAGAGGCGUUGAGGAACUAAGAAGAGUACGGAAUCACGCCGUAGAAUGAGUUACCAUCGAAAAGCUCGGAAGAGCCAGCUGUAUAUUCAUGUCGUUCAUUGGGAGCGAAUUAUGAAUUAUGUGGUAUGUGACAAUAGACUUUACGACGCGUACGCAAGGGACGCAUAUGCCAUCAAGCAAGGCGCCUAACUGGCAUGAAUGGUUUAUUGUACAUUAUCCUGGAUACCUGUUGGAAGACAGGUAGCCAAUUCAAAUGAAAGAUCACAUCUUAACCUUGAGGAUUCACGAAUACGGUGGCACGUACCUACCUAGGUACCUAGUAUCAUGA